AAUUAGAAGAAGAAGCAGAGGCCGAUUGCGCCUUUCAUCGGUUGCCUUCUCCUUCUCUUAUCACUUCUUCUUUUCCCUUCUGCCUCCUCCUCCUCCUCCUCCUCCUCUUCUUCCUCUCUCCCUCCUCCUUCUUAACCCUCUUCCACUCUUUGUCCUUGGUCUUUCUUAUUCCCGCGACGGCUUAUUCUCUCGUUCUUCUAACCAGCGCAGCCCCUUCAAUCGUUGCCCGUCUUACCCGUGAAACGCGGAGAAGAGAAUCAGCCAUGACCACCAACAGUGACCUUCCCCGCAUAACCGAUGCCACUAAAGUGUGGACCACUCUCAUUACAAAUACGGCAUACCUUCCAGGAUUGCUCACCUUGGAGUAUUCUCUACGCAAAGUGGGCUCCAAGUAUCCCCUGGUCGUACUCUACACAGACUCCUUUCCGGACGAGGGGCAUGCCGCCCUCGAUGCCCGCGGCAUCCUGAAGCAACGGGUCCCCUAUUUGCUGCCCUCAGUCCCUAAGGAGUAUGUCAAUGACGUGCGCUUUUACGAUUGCUGGAGCAAGCUCACUCCCUUUUCGCUCGUCGAGUACGAGCGGGUGGUCCAGCUCGACAGCGACAUGCUGGUCCGCCAGAACAUGGAUGAGCUGAUGGAGCUUGAAUUGGAUCCCCCGGCUCUGGCAGGAACAGGACCCCGGGUUUUCGCUGCCAGCCAUGCCUGUGUUUGCAAUCCGCUUCAAAAAUCCCAUUACCCGCAGGAUUGGAUCCCAUCCAACUGUGCUUUUACUUCCCAGCACUCGAACCCGGAAGCCGCCCAGAUCGAGGGGGCACCGCCCACGACCGGCCUGGGGAUGCCCAACGGUGGCUUGCAGGUGGUCAACCCGUCCCAAGCCAUCUAUGAUAAGAUCGUUGCUCAAUUGGCUUCGUCCGUCACAUCGAACUAUGAAUUUGCAGAUCAAUCUCUCCUCUCGGACGUGUUUCUAGGCCGGUGGGUGGCCCUUCCAUAUGUGUACAAUGCGUUGAAGACCCUACGAUGGGAUGGAGUACACGAUGCCAUCUGGAGGGAUGAUCGGGUCAAGAAUGUGCAUUUCAUCCUCAGCCCGAAGCCCUGGGAUGAGCCUGAGGAAAUCCGGAAAAGCCUGGUGCCGCGUUCCAGUCGAGAUGCUUCACACGCCUGGUGGUGGGAACUGACGGAGGAGCGGUUGCAGAAGGAACGGGAAAAGGGGGUGAAUGACCAAUUUUAGACUCACUCUAAUCAGAUGGCGGUUGGAAAGUGAAGAUGAAAGGACACGUCAGAUCGAGCGAGCGAUGCUCUAUGAAUAGCGCCCCCCCAUCUCUCUCUUGAGGCACCAGUGGCUGAAUCUAUUGUGGUGGCAGCGAUGGAUUCAGAGCUACUGAAUUUGGUUAAAGGAAGUGAUGUGUGAUAUUUCAGGAAGAGAACGCCAUGAUGGCCCUCUCUGUCUAUUGUGAUUUCCCCAGAUGGGACUUGGGGAGGACUGGAGCACUCACUUGACUUACCUAGUACGUAGGGAGUUAUUAGAACUGAAGGUCAGUUCAAUUCGAAAGCCUGAGGCAGC